UAAACCCUAGUGUGCGUCCCCGCUUCUCUCCCUCGCUGCCUCUCCCACUCCCCCAUCUUCUUCUUCCCUCUCUAUCUUUCCCUAAUCUGCUUCCUCCGAACGCUAAUUCUUCAGCCAUGGCAGCAUCGUACGACUACGAAGACGCUCCUAGUAGACACGAUGAAGAAACUGGUCCACAAGGUUACGAUCCAAACUUCGUCCCGGACUCCGUCAAGUCCUUCGUAACACACUUAUACAGACACAUACGAGAGAAAAAUGUGUACGAGAUUCACCAGAUGUAUGAAACCUCUUUCCAAACACUCUCCGACCAUCUCUUCAAAGACACUCCUUGGCCUUCAGUCGACGCGGUCGCAAAUUAUGUCGACAAUGAUCAUGUUUUUUGCUUGCUUUAUCGUGAGAUGUGGUUUAGGCAUCUGUAUGCAAGACUUUCGCCUACUCUUAAACAGCGGAUUGAUAGUUGGGAUAAUUAUUGUGGUCUUUUUCAGGUGGUGUUGCAUGGAGUGGUGAACAUGCAAUUGCCGAAUCAGUGGUUAUGGGAUAUGGUGGAUGAGUUUGUUUAUCAGUUUCAGAGUUUUUGUCAGUAUAGAGCUAAGAUGAAGAACAAGACUGAGCAAGAGAUUGCCCUUUUGAGGCAAUUUGAUCCGGCUUGGAAUGUGUAUGGAGUGCUGAACUUCUUGCAAGCACUGGUGGAGAAGUCGAGUAUCAUUCAGAUACUGGAGCAGGAGAAGGAAGGUAUUGAACAAUUCACUGCUACUGAUGGGUAUGAUUAUAGUGGUGGCAGUAAUGUCUUGAAGGUUUUGGGGUAUUUCAGUAUGGUUGGUUUGCUGCGAGUUCAUUGCCUCCUGGGUGACUAUCAUACUGGCCUGAAGUGCUUGCUUCCCAUUGACAUAAGUCAACAGGGUGUCUAUACCAGUGUCAUAGGAAGCCACAUUGCUACAAUAUACCAUUAUGGUUUUGCCAAUCUUAUGUUGAGGAGGUAUGUGGAUGCUAUUCGUGAAUUCAAUAAAAUUCUCCUGUACAUAUACAAGACUAAGCAGUAUCAUCAGAAAUCUCCACAGUAUGAGCAGAUAUUAAAGAAGAAUGAGCAGAUGUAUGCUUUGCUGGCAAUUUGUCUGUCACUUUGCCCACAAGUGAAGCUUGUGGAUGAGACAGUCAAUGCACAAUUAAGGGAGAAGUAUGGUGAAAAGAUGGCUAGAAUGCAAAGAUAUGAUGAUGAGGCAUUUUCUAUCUACGAUGAACUCUUCUCUUAUGCAUGCCCUAAGUUCAUUACACCCUCAGCUCCAAGUUUUGAAGAACCACUUGUAAACUACAACCAGGAUGCUUACAGACUGCAACUGAAACUGUUUCUUUAUGAAGUAAAACAGCAACAAUUGUUGUCAGGUGUUCGAACCUUCCUAAAAGUGUAUUCUACUAUAUCCCUUGGGAAGCUUGCUAAUUACAUGGAAGUGGAUGAACCUACUUUAAGGACUAUCCUGAUGACAUACAAGCACAAGACUCACGCUGUUGAUUCCGAGGGAAAGAUUAUAUCUAAUGCUGAUGUGGAUUUCUACAUCGAUGAGGACAUGAUUCAUGUUGUUGACACCAAACCAGUGAAGCGAUAUGGUGAUUACUUUUUGCGGCAAAUUGUCAAGUUUGAAGGGGUGAUAAAUGACAUGGAUCGGAUAAAGCUGGAAUGAGGCCUAUAACGUAGAAUUUGUAUUGCCGUAACUUGCAUCUAGAUUCUCUUUGUUUGGCUGAGAUUUUGUUAUCUAUUGGCAUUUUUUCAGUUUUAUUUAUUUUAAAAUUUUGAAUCAGUGCAACUGUGUUAGUUCUGCCCCCCAGAAAAAGAAGAAAGAGAAAUUGGCUUUCGGGAUCCUUAAAAAUGUUGUCGCCAUGUCAUUCUUUCAAUUCAUGAAAUAUACAAGGGGCUUUAUUAGUGUA